AUGAGCGCGUCAAGCAACCCGUCAGGCCCGUCGCCCUAUGCUUUCGAUGCCGCCCGCAGACGCUCGCUGAACGGUACGCCCCUCCCACGCGGACCUGCUGGUGUCCCUGCGUCCGCGCACCAAGCCCAAGCUUCGUCUCAUGCUGAACCUGACCCAGCUUCCUCCCACGACCCGGCCCUGCCGCCAUCCUAUCCACGACCGCACAUGCCCCCGCCCUCCUCGCCUCCACAGCAGCAGAUGCACCCUUCGCAAUCCCAACGCCCUCCGUUCGCGUCCACCUUCGCCGCCAGCAGAGACAUCCCUGCACUCGGCCCUGUGCAUCGGCCAGGAAGCAGCAUGUCCAUCUCGUCCCUCAUCGGUGGAGGCGAUGCAGCUGCUGCCGCCGCCCAGGCCUCGCAACCACUGACAUCGCCUCCCACGCAUGCGCCGCAGCCCAACAACCACAGCAUGCAGCCACCCUCGCCCCGACGCGCCUUUCCCUCGGCACCGCGCGCAGACUUUGCUCCUUUCCGUCGACAGCCAUCGCCCGACAGGCCCAUGCAUGGCAACAACACCUCAAGAGCCUCUGAAGGCCACACCUCCUCCGUUAGCUCCCCACCUACACGGCCCUACAGCAACCAUGGCUCACCCAAUCUCAGCCGACAGUCGCUACCACCUUCACACCAAACCUACAAGCCCUUGGGCUUCCCUUCCCAACGCCUUUUUGGGCCUUCGCCAAACGACGCGCUCGCCCGAGACACUCGUCAGCUCCCCGGCAGUGUUCCUCCGCGCCCCAACAGCCAGCCCAACGGUCCUGCAGGUCCUGCAGAUCGAGACGGGGCGUCGCUAUACGAUGUAAUGGGAGCGCGACGUGGUGCUUAUGGGCCACACGAGGAGCGGCGAAGAACGCUCGGGGAGCAGUCGAGACCGGACGCAGCAGAGCUCUUGCGCGGAAUUGGUCAAGGGGCAACGGACAGGAAUCGGCCUGUUACCGUGCAUCCGGUCUCGCAGUCUGCUUUCGAGCCACCACGAGAGCAGCAUAGCACUGUCGGCCCCAGCGAGCCUUCGCGCACACUCUGGCGACCCCCGGCGCCCAGUGAGCCUCCGCGUGAACCUGCUGAGACGCAACGGGAGGAACCCGCAGCACUCUAUCGCGGCUACGGUACCUACCCGCCCCCCAUACCCGGUCCUCCACGCUACGGCCCCUCCACCCUGAACGACAUGGCACCGCGACGAAGCUUGGAUCAACUCAACAAUCGCGUAGUGGAGCAGUAUCAUGCGCCGCCCACCUCGGAUCCAAAUUCAAAGGAACGGCACCAGACUGAGCCACUCGCCCGAUCCUUCUCUUCGGGUGGAAGCUCGUAUCCAGGACGAUCCAUGUAUGGAAUGGGUGAGCCAAUGCAGCACUCCAAGUCGCACAUCGGCUUAGGUUUGGAGGAGAGCAGGAGAACAGGCCGCGCCUCUCCAUUACCGCAGGCCGUGCAGGGCGCGCAAGCACCACCCUUCAUGACCGGUAAAGAUCCUGGCAUCAAGAGCGAGUUCGGGCGCAUGUUCUCUGGUCUCGGCGGACUGGGAUCAUCGACGCCACUGCGUGGGAGCCCGUUGCCACAGAACAAUUCAGACGGACAGGAGCCUGGCGAGAUGAUGAGGAGAAUUAGCUCGCAGCAAGGGAGAAAACCGAAGCGGGUCAAGGAUGAGAGCAGUGUGUUUGAUGACGACAGCAAUGAUGGGAGAGGAACGCCUACAGGCAUACGAGGUGUCAAACGCAACAAGCACACUCACCCUCCUGGUCAUCACCAUCAUCAUGCGCCACAUCACCAUCACCACCAUCAUCACCACCACCACAAUGAAGAGUCAGCUCCAGUCACGUCGGCGACUAUCAACGGACGGCAAUCGAGCCUGCUCCAGAGCGGCCCAGCGCAGCCUGUGCACCACCACCAUCACGCUCAAAGUGCACCGCAUCAUCAUCAUCACCACCACACAGCUCGUGCUGCGCUGCUCACUGCAAAGCUUCCCCCCAAGGUCCACGACAUCCAGCCUGUUCUUGAGGAAGCUGCCAAGCUCCCACGCAGGCACCUUGGAUCUCACGUAUACGAAGCUACUACUGACUUGCCGAGACCGAACUCUUCGUUGGACGAUCAGUUUGGAUACGCAUCCAAACCCAAUCGGCUGCCCCGAUUCGAGGUAAAUCCCAUCAACUGCACCUUUACCAUUAGGGUGCCAAGGUUCUAUCUGAGGCCUCGACAGAGGCAGCACAUCGUUCUGGAGCGGCAUUUAUGGGGUGCGCGUGUGUACCGGGACGACUCUGAUCCGAUCGCUGCUGCUAUGCAUUCGGGUUGGAUUCGAGGAGAGUGGGACGAUACCGUCGAUGUCAGCAUGCUCGACCCACGCAUCACAGCCCCGAACGACCCAAGCGACGCCGAGGACACGCUGAACAAGCUACCGGCUGCUCCUGUCACACCUCCUGCAGACAUGGAUCUUCAGAUUGAGAUUCUUAUACUGCCGCAGAUGCAGGAGUACACUGGCUCUGUUGAAUACGGCAUCUCGAGCCGGCAAAGCAGAACACACGACGGCUUGAGCUUCAUGAUCAACAAGAUCAGAUGGGUCGAGGAAGGAGUCGGCAGUCGAGGGCAAGAGCGAACAGCAGCAGCGCUGAAGCGUAGGCUCGACGCAAGCGCAACGCUUCUUGCCCUUAUGAAUGGUGGAGAAGGCCCACACCGAGCGAACGGUAUGGCGAAGCUGCACGCCUGA